CGUGAUGUGUUCUUGCUCCUGCCAAGGAUUCUGGGCUCUGCUCAGCUACACUACCUGCAGGGUACCCUUCUACCACAUUUAAAUAAUCCAGUCAGUAGUUUAAAUACGCAAAACACACUACACAAUCUAGCAAACCGAGAUUUUUUGAGAAUUUGGAACUGCUUCAUCCUGGCUGCUGCAGCUUGGGAGGACAGGGAUGGGGUCACCCUUGCCUCUACCCCAAAAUGGCCAUGUCUCAGGGUGAUGAGGUGAUCCUUGUGUUGCACAGCAGGCCGCGGCUCUCAGGCCUUUUCCAUCAGGCAGUUUGUUAUGAAAAUGUUAACGCACAGGCUGUCGUCAUCUGGCAGCACCACCGCCUGCCUUAUGAAAUAACUCAGUGUGACAGUUCUGCUUGCUCGCAGGCAGGCCCAUGUCUGGCUUCUAAUCUGGCAUCAGAAAGCGCUCCCCUUCCUUGAGCUGCAGACUAAUACUAAAUGUUUCAUUUGCAUUACUCCAGAUAACGCGCUGGAGAGCGUGGGGAGAAGGGGAUGGCAGCCAAGCUCCUCCAGGAACCCACACGUGGAGCAUUGCAGCAACCCCGCCACACCGGAUCUGUUCACUGCGCUUGCCGCCGGCACCGCGGCCCUGCCGGAAUUUAGAUUUCAUUCCCAACGUCAGCCAGCGUUUAUGAGCUCCGCGGAUCGGCCUGCACGACGCCCCAGUGACAGAUCACCAGGGACUUUCUUCCCGUGGCAUCAAAAGCAAAAAGUCACGAGGAUAACACAGAAUUGCUCCGGGCCCAGCAUCUGCUCAGCUGCAAAGGUCUUGGUGACUUCCCAGGCAUAUGUUGGCUGGCAUGGAACUGGAGCAAGGCUCCCUGAACAGCCCACAGGACGCAGGCAGCAGGGAUUAAGCUAAUGCUGUGUGGAGAUGCUAAUACAAUAAGGGUUCUUUGAUGCAUUAGCUGGAAUCAUGAGACCAGCUCUGAGAUGUCAUUGCCUGGCAGCCGUAGGGAGUGCCAGCCGGGAGCUCUCGGUAGAGAAGGAGCCUGUCUCCUGCUGCCAGCCCCAAAGCUGCUGUGGGGUAGGGAAAGUGCAGUGAGCCCUCCCUAUUCUGGUGAGAGCUUGUUUGGGAACAGCACGCAACCUCUGUUGGUGAAUCCAAGGACAGCUGAGGGAACAACGGUUAUUUUAACAGGGCUAACACUUCUCCUUGAUUUUUCCAGAAGCUGCAAAGCUGUGGAUGCCAAGGGGAUGCUCAGAACCACAGGGUCACAUCUUACCCCAGUGGAGUCUCCGUGGAGACUUGUAGGACUUGGGUUUUGCUAUAAAAAGUGUUGCAAAACCAGAUGAGGUCAAUGACAACGGUUUGUGUCGGUUCCAGCAGACACUUUCAUCUCCCGUAUCAGCUUUGUACCCACAGAGCUGCAGGGCCUGAUCCUAUCCUAACCCCAGCGCCAGCAGGGAAAGCUCCAUCCUGCUCAGCACAUUUGUGUCACUGAAAAACCAGCAUCAAGCACCAGCGGAAGAGGUGGGCGAGGGUCCAUGAGUGUUCCCAAACCUCACACAGUGCCCUGAGGGACACAAACUCCCUCACAGCAUGGAGGAGGACCCCAAAGCCUUUCCAUGGCACCUCACAGGCAGGGAAAACCCCCCACAUGGCACCAUGAGGGUCCCAAAGGCCCACAGGGCUCCAUGGGGGGAUCAAACGUCCACAGGGCUUCAUGAGGGGACAAAAUGUCCCCAGGAAUCCAUGGCGGUCUCAAAACUCCACAUGGUUCCAUGAAGGUCCCAAACUUCCACAAGCCUCGAUGCAAGGACCAAACCCCCACCAGGGCUCCAUGAGGGGACCAAACCCCCCACCAGGGCUUCAUAAGGGGACAAAACGCCCCCAGGAAUCCAUGGUGGGGAUGGGGGGGGGUCUCAAAACUCCACAUGGUUCCACGAGGGUCCCAAACUUCCACAGCCCUCGAUGCGGGGACCAAACCCCCAAACUGCUCCGUGAGGGGACCAAAGCCCCACAGUGCUCCGUGACGGGACCAAAUCCCCAUAAGGGGUCCGUGAGGGGACCAAACCCCCACAGUACUCUGUGAGGGGACCAAACCCCCACACUGCUCUGUGAGGGGACCAAAGCCCCAUAAGGGGUCCGUGAGGGGACCAAAACCCACAGUGCUCCAUGAAGGGACAAAAUCCCCAUAAGGGUCCGUGAGGGGACCAAAGCCCCACGCUGCUCCAUGAGGGGACCAAAGCCCCAUAAGGGUCCCAAAGCCCCACAGGGUUCCGUGAGGAAACCAACCGCCCUCCUCCCCUCGCCAUGGCCACCGCGGCCCGCCCAGCAGCCUGAGGAAUGCCCGCUCCACAGCGAACAUUCCCCGCUCGCCCGUCCCGCCCCGCCGAGGGAGCGGCGGGGCGGGCCGGGCCGCCCACAUAAGGCGGGCUCAGCACGGCCUGCCCGGGGAGGAGGUAGCGGUGGCGGCUGAUCCGGGUGGAGCCGUCAUGGAGAUGGGGUGGCUGCUAUGGGGCACGGCCGUGCUGCUGCUGCUCCACGUCCUCAUGGAGCUCAGCCCCACCGUCAACUUCGCGCUGCGCAUCGGCUUCUACUGCGUGCUGUGCCUGGUGGUCUCGGCGCUGGCGGCCGUAGCCUGCCUGCUGGUCAACGGCGGCCGCACCGUCAAGAACAUGAGAAUCAUCAAAGCUUUUGUCAGGACCUUCAAGUAUUUCUUCGGCCUGAGGUUUGAGGUGAAAGGACUGGAGAACUUCAAGGUGGAGGGCCCUGCUCUCAUUGUGUCCAACCAUCAGAGCGUCCUCGACAUGAUGGGGCUGAUGGAGGUCCUGCCCGACAACUGUGUCCAGGUGGGCAAGAAGGAGCUGAUGUACAUGGGCAGCGUGGGGCUCAUCAUGUACCUUGGUGGCGUCAUCUUCAUCAACAGGAAGAGCACCAGCAGUGCCAAGAUGGUGAUGUCAGAGGUGGCCAAGACUAUGGUGGCUGAGAAUAUGAAGGUGUGGAUAUAUCCAGAGGGCACAAGGAACUGCACUGGGGAUUUGCUGCCAUUCAAGAAAGGAGCAUUUCACCUCGCUGUCCAGGCACAGGUCCCAGUGAUCCCUGUGGUGUAUUCCUCCUUCACCUCCUUCUAUAACCCAAAGACAAAGCUGUUUACAUCAGGUAAAAUCAAGGUUGAGGUUCUGCCUCCAAUAGAGACCAAAGGGCUGACGUCAGACGAUGUCACCGACCUCUCUGACAGAUGCUUCAGCACCAUGAGGGAGACCCUCUUCAGGCUGUCAGGCCAUCCAGGCCAGGCAAAGGACUCAUCCUAGAGGCUUCUCCAGUGGUGUCACCGUGUGGUGGUGGCUGAAGGGACCUGUCUGUUCUUGCCAAAUACUGAAGGAUUUUCUUCUCCUCUGCAGUGAUUUCUAACUCUUGGGAGCACCACAGACUGGCACACACAGGGUGUCAAGCCAGCACUAAGGUUCCCCUCUGAGUGGAUUUCUCUUAUGGGUUCAUUUUCUCACUUUGAAAUAUCUCCUUUUUCUGAAUUUCUCAGGCAUCAAACUUGUGCUACCAAAGGGCUCAAUGACUAGAGAGGGGAGUUCCCCGAGCUCUUGCAGCUAGCUUGGGGUGACAGCAAAAACCUGCCUGGAGCCUGAGCUCUGCCUCAUGUGACUGUCCCUGCACCUGUGCUCCUGCAGGCUCAGCUCGCGAGGUGGCCCUGUGAUGUCCCAGGUGGAAACCACCAGGCAGCAGUUUGUAUCAGCACAACCUUGAUGCUCAAACAGGGCUGAGAACUGGCUGAAAAUCCAGAUUUUGGCUUUUCAGCAGUGCCAGGAGUGUGGUGUCCUCCCUGGACAGCCCAGAGCACUCCCACCCACCAGUGGGACACACAGGCCUGUCCCCUUGAGAUGCCCUUGUGUCACAACAGCAUCACGUUGGGAAACUGCUGCCAGCUCCCCGCCGUGGUGGUGGCUCAGCCUGGUCACAUCCCGGUGCCUGCAAUGCCCCUUAUGGAGGCAAAGGGCUCUGUCGUGCUCGUUUUGUCACUUGUCAUGGUCAGCACUGGCCGAAAGAUGGUGCCUGUCCCGCGUCUCUGCUGAUCUGCGGGGCGGAGCUGCUGCUCUCCGAGGCCUGUGAAACCCCUGCAGAGCCACAGGGUGGGUGAGCUGCAGCUGGAACGGGGCUGGGAAGGCUUGGAAGGCUUGAGCUCCCCCUUUGUGGGGCAUAAACCCCUUUCCCAGUCAGAUAAAAGGGGUUCCUCUGUGCCUUGGGGUGAUGGACCAACAGAGCUCCUGGAUCCCUCACCGGGAGCUGUGGAAUGUUGAUGCCCUUGGAGGCUGGGUCAGGUCCAUGGUUCCUGUAGCUUUAGCUCUUCUGUUCAUGGCACAGGGGACCUUGGGAUAAGCCAGCUGGGGCUACUCAGGUAAGCAGCACACGCAGCUCCUGCAGCCUGCAUUGGUGGAGUUGUGUUUAUCUGGCAUUUUGGGGCUAAAGGCUCAGCUGGGAAAGGCAGGGAGCUCCAUGGAAGGAGCCCUUGGGCUGAGCUGGUGCUGCCAGGGGCUUCAUCAGAGGGGCCUUACAGUACAGACUCAGGGGAUGGGAAAGGUCAGGGUGGGAGGAUGGGAACCAAACCAGCACUUUGUGAGAGUGGCAGAUAAAGGGCUGCCAUGGAGGGUCAACCCAGGAGGGCCCUGGGAGGGCUCCUGGGGAGGGGAACCAUGUCUGACUCCUCCUGAGAGGAGGGAGCAGUGCCUCUAUGUGCAGUUGUCUGCUGUUCGCUUUUAAUUGGUCUGAGAACGUUGUGUGCUUUACAAAAAAUCAACAACAAAAAAGAAAUUAUACCUUUGGUUAUUUAAAUAAAGGAGCCUCCUUGU